AUGAAUCCACCGGAUCCCAAAGCAAGAACGGGACCGGAACGCCAUGAAGGGCAGGAAAGGACAAUGCAGUCCUCAUCCCCAUCAUCGCUUCCACCAUCAACCUCCACUCAAACAAAAGCCAACGCUCACUCCCGGAGAUCCUUCAAAAAGGGCAAAAAUAUACCAAAGCGCGAAAAUAUAAACUUACUAGCAUCAAAUAAUGGCCCUGGAGCUGUUCAGCACCCUCCUACCCUUCUCCCCCCAACGGGAAGAACCAAUGAGCGAAAUCGGAACAAAUUCAUCAUGGAUCAAGAGCUAGAGCAACCCAAAAGAGAACAACUGAAUACACACUCCCCCCCGUUUAUACCCAUUUCAGCGCAGACACAUCCUGCGUCGGUUCGUCCAGCGAUAAGGCUAAAUCAAGAGCAGCACAAUCGAAGUGAGCAGCCGCCUCAUCAUCCAUUACCAACCUCUGGAAGGCCGCGCCACACGACAUCCACGCGUAGCGGUGGCUCAUCCCUAAUCAUGAGGCAGACCGUUGCCACGGAUCAAACACAAGAGGGGGCUCAUAGUAUCCUCGAAGCAACUCCUGAAUAUAUGUUCCAGCUGAAUUCGCUUGUUGCCAAUCCAGAUAGCCUUCAGAAGGUUGGGUAUGUUCUCAACCCUCUGUCUGUGGAGGACCUGGAAUUGAAGAAAAGAUGCAGUGGGUGCGGCAUGUCCAUGGCGAAAUAUUUACGCUCACAAGAGAGGAGGCAGCGGAAGGAGAAGCGCAAGAAUUCCAUCGAUCGCCCAAGUAAAUCAGACCACGAUGCAAACAAAGAAAAGACCUUAUCACAGCAGGAGAAAGUUGACGGCAAUUGCAAGAAUGAUGAUGAUACUAAGCAAAAACCGAAGACGAAAGUGUUUCGCUGCAAGUUCCAUCCAGGUACACCGACGUGGAAUAGGAAUAAAAAGAUAUGGUCAUGCUGUAAUCAGCCAAUCGCUUCAGAUCCUUGCGGCGGUGCUGAGCAGCAUCACGUUCGCUUCUAUCGCCCAGGAGAUAUGACGAGACUCUGGCAGUUUCACCCGACUCCACGGCCACCAAUUAUGCACACUCCUGAUAUCCGUGCGGCGGUUGCCAUUGACUGUGAAAUGGGUCAGGCAGCGUCUGGAGAUUCCGAGCUCAUCCGGAUUACGCUGAUAGAUUACUUCUCGUCGGCCGUGCUCAUUGAUAGCCUCGUGUAUCCGAGCGUGAAAAUGGAGCACUACAGGACUCGAUUCUCUGGUGUCAAUAGGCGAGACAUGGAAGCUGCAAAAACAGCUGGGAGUUGUAUUAUGGGAAGAGACAAUGCUCGAUUCGCCGUGUGGAGAUACGUCGGACCUGAGACUGUUGUUGUUGGGCAUUCGGCCCAUAAUGACUUAGAGUCGUUGAGGUGGAUCCAUACUGCUGUCGUGGACACGUAUAUUAUCGAAGACCUACUGGAAAAGAAAAAGAAUUGCGAAUCUAAGAAAGAUGCUGAUAAGACUAAAGAUGGAAAAGUAGCUGUUGAGACAGAUAAGCUACUACUCCUGGCUGGAGAACCUGCGGGAAAUGAACAUGAACAUGAACACGAACUACAUGAGGGCGAAGAGUCGGAAGAGAUGAAAGGUAGUACAGAACAAAAGGAGUCAUCGGAUCUAAAGGCGGAACCCGACGGUGCCCCUGGAAAGGCUGAACAGGAGCCGCGGAAGAAGAGAAAUAAAGGGAGUGGCAGCUUGUCGCUCAAGACACUAGCUAGAGUGAGACUGGGGCGGGAUAUCCAAAAUGCAGACAAGAAAGGCCACGAUAGCCUAGAGGAUGCGCUUGCAGCGAGAGACCUGGCCCAUUGGCAUAUUGCUAAUGGAGAGAGGGCUGAAUUGGAUAAAGGGAAGGAAGGGCAGCUCAGUUUUCAUGUUCGUAACCCGGGGCCGAUAUCGCAACACCAGCGGGCCCUUGAGACGAGAACCAAAGCCGAGACAGAUUUGAGAAAGGGUGGUCGAUGGCAGUGA